GUUGGAAAUAGACUUCCAACUCUCUCUCCGACGCCGCCUCCUCUCGAAGCCCAGUUUUUGCAGUCUCCCUCCUAUCGAAGCAGCCAAACUCUCUCAGUCCGAAGCCGUUGUCGGUGAAGCAACGCAACGAGCCGCCGCCCUCAACGAUUCAGCCACCGCCAGUGCUGUUUCGAGUUUCGAUUCCAUAAAUUUCGUUCCAGAAUGGCGGAAAGCAAGGCGGCGAUUGGGCUCUCAUGGGAGCCAAAGUUGCCGGCAUUUUCAUCGGGGUCUGGCUCCAAACCUCGCCCCGAAGCCAAUCCGCUUUGGAAACCCAGUACGCAGCUUGUCGAUGGCCUCUUCGUUCCGCCGAAUGACCCGGUAAAGAGGAACAAAUUGGCCAAGAAGCAGAUCAAAGACACAGCUGGAACAAGCUGGUUUGACAUGCCUGCACCAACCAUGACCCCGGAGUUGCAGAAAGAUCUCCAAUUGCUCAAGUUAAGGAAUGUUAUGGAUCCAAAGAGACAUUACAAAAAGGGGGAUGCACAACCGAACAAGUAUUUCCAGGUAGGGACAGUGAUAGAGUCCCCAUUAGAUUUCUUCUCAAGCAGACUGACAAAGAAGGAAAGGAAGGUGUCCCUUGCAGAGGAAGUGCUUUCUGAUCGUAACCUUGGGAACUACAGAAAGCGGAAGGUUCGCGAGAUAGAAGAGAAAAACCGGCCUGGUGGAAAUGAAAAAUGGAAGAUAAAAGGGAAAGGGUCGUAUCAGCGUGCAAAGCAAAGAAGGCACUGAUAUAUCUUCACGUCGUUGACCAAAUUUUUGAAACGCUGGAGAGAUAUUGGUUUCUGUUAUACAGGCAAUCAAAGAAAGAUAUUAUUGAUGAUUCGUAAUUUAAUUUAGUGAGAGUUUCUUGAAAGCUUCUGUUACUGCUUGCCUCACUUAGGUGUUAGCCUGUAGCCUCUGGAUAUGAUUUCCACCAGCACGCAGUAUCGGCCAUGGUCAUUUGCUUAAGGA